GCCCGCCCGUCUCAUCAGCUGUCAAUGCCAAGUAUGUAAUUUUAUUGGACAACAAAUUUGUUUUGGUUCAGAAUACAGUGCAAUAAUUCUAUGUUAUAUACAGUGCAAAUAAUAAUCAAUGGAAAAUAAAGUAAUGAGCACAGUUACGGAGCUGAACAGUCUCGAGAAUAUGACUACAAAUCCUUCCUGUAUGCGAGAUGCGGGUUUUGUGUUCUGCACAACAGCUACUGAGCUGCCAAAAUCACAGAGUCGAGUUGUCAUGAGUCCGAAAUAUGUAUCUAAGAUAUACAGUAGUCCAAGACGAUGCCCAGGUACUCCGCUCAGGGUAAGACCCUAUACUGUUCCGGAGCGUCAUCGCACGCGCAGUGAGAGUCUGGAGCCCAAUUCUGGAGAAUACCAAGAUACCAUUGCCAUAGUAGCGGACACACUGAAUUGUUCCACCACCAUGAGUACUAGUGCAAAUCCGAUGGCAAAUACCAGUACUAUGAUGGAUAUUUCUGAUCCAGUAAUGCACAGUAUGGAAGUUGCGGCGCCAACGGGUAUCCGGACACGACGGACUGACGUCAGUCUUCCUAUUAAAAAGUCCCGCUCCCUGGAGGAUGUGCGUGUUGAAAAUCUUGCGGGAUCGCAGCUCUCACAUGAAAUGGAAUUUGUCUCUAGUCGCAUCCAGAAGCUCAAAGUUCAAGAAUACUGAGGAAACAUGUCUUUAAUUUCUUUGAGCAAUAUACCCUCUGAAACACUUGUAUAUAGUAGAAUAAUAUGAUAUAAUAUAAAAUAUUCAGAAUAUUUACUCUUUCUAAAAUGGACUGGAUUGUGAAAAUAUACGAUAAAAAUGCUUGGUGGAAAUGUUCAAGUUUCUGUUUGGUUAAUAAGUGCAACAACGAAACAAAAGUUGACUCUUUAAUAAAAGAGACAUAUUAAAACAAAAAUUCAAACUUUUUCAUGGAGAAUAACUUUUGUAUCUAUUAGGGUAAGUGUGCCAAAUUCCGGCCAGCUUGCAAUUUCGGCCACCUUUUUUGUUCCUCGAAUUUCCAUGAACUUUUAGAUUUUAUGUACUCUAGAGAUUAUACAAUGCAAAAGAAUAACAAAAAUUGUAGCUUCGACAAACAAGAUGACGUGAAAAAAACAUUGAAAGAAUUCCCGAAGGGCAAGGAACUAUGAGAAUGAAGGUGGCCGAAAUAGGGCACCAAAGCUAUGUCUAUAUUUUUAUUCAUUUUAAAAUGUAUUAAUAAUGAUUUUAGAGUAAAUAAAGACGGUAAACUCUUUACAAGGCUCCAAGCAACACUCUUUCAGAAGAAAGAAUAAAAAAAUCAAUUUGUAUUUAAAAUAUUACAUUUCAAACUUGAGACUUUGGCGCUUGCAUGCAACUAUGCCGAAAUUUGGCACACUUACCCUAACCUAGCUAGUAAUAUAUUGCGAAAGAAGUUUUAAGAAAAUCUCAUUACUAAUGCUCUUUGAAUAUUUUUUUUUUUCUUAUGAUGUGUAUUAUAGUUUUAGCUAUUUAAAUGGUAGUGUAUUAUAUAGGUAUAAUAAAAAUAUUUUGUUAUGUUCAA